UUACUCUUCUUCCUUUUUCUUUCCAUUUUGUCGCCGUAAAGGAUAUUCAAAAGCGGUAGCGGCGGCGAUGGCGGAUAUUUUCCCACCUCUUACGGCGGCACAAGUCGAUGCAAAGAUUAAAGUCGAUGAGAAAGUCGAUUACUCCAACCUCCCUUGUCCUGUUCCCUAUGAGGAACUCCACCGUGAAGCUCUCAUGUCUUUAAGGUCGGACAAUUUUGAGGGUUUACGCUUUGACUUUACCAGGGCGUUGAAUCAGAAGUUUUCUCUCAGUCAUAGUGUAAUGAUGGGGCCAACCGAAAUUCCUUCUCAGUCAUCUGAAACUAUCAAAAUCCCAACAGCCCAUUAUGAGUUUGGUGCCAAUUAUUAUGACCCAAAGUUGUUGCUCAUCGGAAGGGUAAUGACUGAUGGUAGACUAAGUGCGAGAGUGAAAGCAGAUUUAACUGAGAAGUUAGUUGUGAAGGCGAAUGCUCAGAUAACAAAUGAGCAACAUCAGUCACAAGCAAUGUUCAACUUUGAUUACAUGGGAUCUGACUACAGAGCUCAGCUUCAACUUGGACAGAGUGCCCUAAUUGGAGCAACUUAUAUCCAGUUUCCUUUGAUUCGUCUAGCUAUGACAUAGAUGAGAGAUGAACCUUAACUCGUUCUAUUAAACUUUGUGAUUAUGGUCAUGCUUAGUUUCUGUGGUCAUAAUUAAAAUUUUAUCUUUUUU